GGUUUUCAUUUGAUUUCAUAUAAUAUGUUUCAACAUAUAGUUUAUUUUGCCUAUUUUGUAAAAGGUCAAGAUCAUCUUACUUUUUUUUAAAGUUGAGGUAAGUGGUCAGGUCGGGUAAAAAAAAAAUCGCUUGCUGAACUACUUACUCGAUGAAAAUCGCUGAGUGACCGCCGCUUUGAAAAGUCCGGGGACGCUUACGCCCCCUGUUGGCCAUCAAGCAUGAGGCUGAUGGAGAGGGCAUAUACUCACUUGGGUGGAAAAUGACUGAACUCCAAUUUGAGGGCUUCAUGUGACUAAGUGCCAUGGUGGCAGUAUAUCAGUCACUUUCCACCCUAAGCCAGGCCCAAUUCACAAUGGGCCCUCUACACCUAUGUGUGCUGCUCCCAAUGACUGUGUCGGUUAUGGCGGCUGUCGCUGCCGAGCUGACUGCAACAGUUGACGACGAGUACACUUGGCCUCAGUGGAAUUUGCCCCUGGUAAGGAAGAGGCGCACUCUGCCUCUGACCAGUCCCAACUUCUCAGCUCAUCCUCAAGUGGAGGUGAGCGGAACGUGCGGGAUCGAGUGUCAGCGUGCUCUCCCCUCGCCGUCCCUGAACGACCUGGAGCAGCUCCUAUCCUACGAGACGGUUUAUGAGAAUGGCUCGCGCACAUAUACCUCAGUGUCUGUGCAAGGUCUCAACGAGGUGACCGCCUGGUCCAGAAACGACUCCUAUAGGUCCCGUCACAAAAGAGAGGUGUACGGUACGGACACCCGCUUCACUAUUUCCGAUAAGCAGUUCUCCACUAAGUAUCCCUUCUCCACUACUGUCAAGAUCUCCACGGGAUGCUCCGGAGUUCUGGUGUCACCCAAACACGUGUUGACGGCGGCCCACUGCAUCCACGAUGGAAAGGAUUAUUUGGAUGGCGUUCAGAAGCUUCGCGUCGGUAUUCUUAAGGAGAAAUCUAGAAGGGGGAAAGGAGGGAAAGGGAAAGGAGGGCGAGGCAAAGGCAAAAAGAGAAAGGGAGAUGGCGCCAAAGAAGAAGUAAAGCAAGUGGAACAGAAGGCAGGGGGCCGUAAAGGAAAGGAAGCAAAGGGGAGAAAGAGCCGGAGUCGCCGAAGCGCCACACAAGCGGAGAAACCCUCAUUCAGGUGGACCAGGGUCAAGAAAACUCAAGUGCCGAAGGGUUGGUUCAAAGGUGUGUCUGAUGGACUGACUGCCGAUUAUGACUAUGCGGUUCUGGAGCUGAAGCGAGCACCCAAAGUGAAGCACAUGGAUCUGGGUGUCAUCUCCUCAGUCAAGAAGCUUCCCGCAGGAAGAAUUCACUUCUCCGGUUUUGAUGAUGACAGGCCAGGGAACUUGGUCUACAGGUUCUGCUCCGUGUCUGAGGAGUCCAAUGAUUUGUUGUACCAGUACUGCGAUGCCAAGCCAGGGUCCAGUGGUUCAGGGGUCUAUAUCCGUCUCAAAGAGCCAGGCAAGAAGAAGUGGAAGAGAAAGAUCAUCGGGGUUUUCUCUGGUCAUCAGUGGGUGGAUGUUAACGGCAAUGGGCUGCAGCAGGAUUACAACGUUGCAGUGAGGAUCACGCCUCUCAAAUACGCCCAAAUCUGCUACUGGGUCCACGGGGACUCGAGUGAGUGCCAGGUGUCCUGAGACAACACAGAGUCCGACGGGAUACUGCCCAGAUCCACUUCCUUAAAACCAAAGGUCACCCAGUCUACCCCCCACCUGCCCCCGCCGCCCCAUCGCCAACAUGAAGCCUGUCUCGCUUCUUGCCUGUGCCUCCCACCACACUCAUCUACAAACACACACCACACAGCCGUACAGACUCAGUGUUGACAACAACAGGAACUCCGUAACACAUAAAGAGAACUGUGGCUUUUCUAAUUUAUUUGAAAAAAAAAAACUGAGAAAAACAUAUAUAUUUGAAUUGUUUACAGAUCACUCUGAUCUGCAGUUGUGCUUUCGAUUUUUGUCCACGUUUCACUUUGUCGGAUAUAUUUUCAAAAAGUGCAUCGACUUGUCUAAAUGUCUUUGAGAGAGACUUGCCAUCUUGCAAGUUCUCACUGUAGUGAUGGUGAUUGGCUUUGACAAGACCCAGGACAGAAAUGUAUGUCAACUAUAUUCAACAAACAGACAGCACAGAAAUAAUGAAUACAUGAAUGAAUAACUUUUAAUGAGCUGGUGUUUUGCAAUGUGUAUACCGAAAAGUUUUUUUUAUGUCUACAGGAUUCGUUCACUUUCUGUCCCAAAAGAGCUGGUUCUAAUGGACCUUAAAUUAAAAUUGACACGCCAGCUUUUCUCGAUAGCAGUGAAAUGUUUUUUUUUUUGGUGCGCACAUAAUUGUACUGGUGCUUAUCCAGAACACAUGGUGCUAAUUUAUCGAACUAUAAGCUUUUUUUUUUCCCAGGGAAAGGGGAGCCGACUACUGUAACUAUGAUUUUGAGGCUGUUGUGCUCAGAUUGGACUGAACCUUUCAAUAAAUUACUUGAUAAUUUAAUUGAUUUCUUAUGCAAAGGGUUUAAUUUGACCACAGACAUUAGAAUAUUGUUUUAUACUGGAACAGCACAUUGUAAUAUGAGAUGAAAUGUUUUUAAAAUGUUGCUGAUGUUCCCAUUUUUUUCUGUAAAAACUAAUAAACACCAAAUUUCUGAUACUAAUGAUGCAGAUUGAUGUACAAUAAUAAUCAGUGUUCACGACUACGACAAAAUCUUCUCUCUGAUAUGUUGAGAUGCACGUAAUUGGGUGCUGGAUACUGGCAAUUACUGUACAAUUUCAUCAGGACAUAAAUUCAGAAGUCAGCAUGGCAAAACUAACAUGAUUGUUGGGUUUGUGAUUGGGCCUCACACUAGCCCAGUGGUCCUUAACCUUAUUAGAGGUAACUAAUCUAACCUUUCAUAUGCGCAUCCACCGAACCCUGAGUGAAAAAUAAAAAUAUGAUCCGAGAAGUGUUCCUUCAGUUUUGCUGGUGCGACACUGGAGUUGCUCAACUUGGCAUGACAAAUCAUGCAGAUAGGACACUGAGUCCCAUCACGGGCCGUGAUGCAUGUGAAUCCAUGUUGUACAUAUUCGUCUGACCACUUUCUUUUUUUGCUCGACAUAGUUAGCAUGUAUUUUAAAACUU